AAGUGUGGGAUGAUAUUUCUGCAGAAAUGAUUAUUAAAUUAUUUAAAAAAUGUGGUAUUUCUAAUGAAUUAGAUGGGACAGAAGACGAUUUAUUAUAUAAUUCAGAUCAAGAGAAUAGUGAAAUCAAUAAUAAUGAAGAUUUGUUUGAGGUAGUUGAAGAAGAUAGUUUAUCUGCUGAAGAACUAGAAGAUUAA